CUCAUACUUCCCUAAAACACCCCUCCCCCUCCCUCGAUCUAUCCUCUACUCAUCCAUCAAUCAAUCGGAUCAAAAUAAAAAGAAAUGCAGUUUUUCGGAGGUUCAGACAUAAGCCCAGCAUCACCGGCGGUACCACCGUCCACCACCACCGGAGGACCAGGAAACAAUGCAAACAUGAUUUACAUCUUCAACAGAAACGGUGUCUGUCUGCUUUACAGAGAAUGGAAUCGCCCACUCCGUACUCUCGAUUCCAAUCAAGAUCAUAAACUCAUGUUUGGUCUCCUUUUCUCUCUUAAAUCCCUCACUGCCAAAAUGGAUCCUUCCAGUGGGGAUAAAGGGAAUCUUGGAGUGCCUCAAUUACCUGGACAAGGUUGUUCUUUUCAUAGUUUUCGUACUAAUACUUAUAAGUUAAGUUUCAUGGAGAGUCCUUCUGGAAUUAAGAUUAUACUUGUUACGCAUCCUAAGACUAGUGAUUUAAGAGAGUCUUUGAAAUAUAUUUACAAUUUGUAUGUUGAGUAUGUUGUCAAGAAUCCGCUUUACUCUCCCGGAAGCCCAAUCAGAAGUGAGUUAUUUAAUACAACUCUUGACCAAUAUGUGCGAGGCCUCGGAUAAUAUGGUAAGUCACAUGAUAUGUGAUUGCUUGAUUAAUCUGAACAGUCUACUACAUCAAUCCAAUCGGGAGCAGGUUUCUUUUCUGAAGCUUUUGAUAUACAUGGUUGACAUGCAGAUCUCGUAAGCUGCUUCUGUGAUGUUAUUGUGUGCACGACUGAUUAUAAAUCUUCUGAUUGUAAGCAUAAGAGAUCAUUAUGAUUUGUUAAAGUGACUGCUUCUAUAUAUUGUAUGAGUAUUAGUCCCACAUUUCUUCUUUCCGUUUGA